GUGACGAUGGCGGCCUGUGCUGUGCUUUAAUACACUUGGCUGUAGUUCAUAAACCGGCGAUCUAUUGUGCGUUUCUCAGCGGUGCCUGGCUACUCCGUUAGCUCGCCUGCUAACUUGAUUCUCCCGCGAGUCCAAAACUUCGCCAACACUGAAGGUCCUGCAGCCAAGAAACAUUGGUUUUAUCCCGGCCGUGAGCCGCAGCGUCGCAGAAUAGCCGUCAGCACGCACACACGCCACAGCCCCGUGCGGGAUUCGUGUACUUUUGAAGUUCUCUCCAUUGCCUGCUUCAUCUCACAUGUGAGCUAAACAAAUAUAACUCGAGGAGUCGCCCUCGGAUCUUCACUACAUCGGGUGGUUUCGCCACGAGGCAUCGAGUCAGUUUUUUGCUGGCAGUCUGUGUGCUUCAUACCCAUCAGCAUGUACACAAGACAGUUGAUACAAUAGCCAAAACAGAGCCUGGCUUCCCAAAGAUGACAAGGUGCUGGAAGGCUGCAACAUCAAAAUGAUGGGAGGCAGUGAGACCGGCAGUAGGGACAAGGAUGGAGUUCAUGCUGCUGCAAUACAUGUCCCUAUUGGCUGGCAGAGGAGAGUGGAAGGUGUUCAAGUGGUCUAUGUCAGUCCAAAUGGUACUGCCCUUUCUUCUCUGGACGAGGUGAAGACCUACCUCUUAUCUGAUGGCACUUGCAAAUGUGGUCUUGAGUGUCCACUAAUCAUUCAUAAGGUUUUUAACUUCACUGUGGGAGUUAAAGUAGAGCAGCACAACCAGCCCCUAAGCAAAGCGGAGCAGGACAUGACCAAAUUGUGUAACCAUCGCAGGAAAGUUGUAGCCAUGGCUGCUCUCUGUCGAAGUAUGCAGGCGUCACAACUGCCCUUUGCCAACGUUCACCAUCCAGAACCUGGCAUUGUCGUGGAUAGCUGUAACCCAAAGAGGACACAUAUUAAAGGAGAAGAAGAAGGCAGAGGAAUUUGCCAUUCGAAACCACUUCCCAAACCAUCCCGGACACAAAACAACCUGCAUCCGAACCCUGUGGCCAGUCCCAAAUCCCCGCAGCAGUUUGUUUACCCCUACAACGGCUCUUCCCCUGGCAUUCACACCGACACAAGCGCUCACCACCCGCUAGAGGCUUUAAAAAGACUUCAACAUCCUCCCUUUUCUCUCCCUUCCUCCUCGUCCUCCAGUUCCUCACUCCCAGCACACUGUUUUUCCCAGAGAUCCCAACGCAAUCCCACCCCUCAAAAUGUCAGUCAGUGUCAUAGAACGUCCAAAACCCCUGAAGUCCCCAGCUCUCCUCGGUCUAGACUCCAUGCUUCACCUCCUCCUGUACCCGCUGGGAGUGGAGGCACUGGACAGCCAGCUGCAGCACAUCACCCACGUGGUGUUAUUAUUGGAGGCUCCCCUUCAUCUCUUUCUCCUUCCCUGUCUCCGUCUGUUCAUAAUGUGAACUGCGCAUCUCCACACCAGCGGUCACGACAUCCGUCAUCCUCACCCUCUCCUCUCUCAGAUCAAGGCUCGACUCCUGUGAUGGCUGGAGAUGGACUGCUGGCAAGUAAUUUGAGGCACAGAAGGAAGUCCACGUCUUCUUCCCCACAACCCCCGCUUAGCUCUUCCUCGAAUCCCAACUCCCACUUCCCAAAGUACAAGCUGGAAGAGGUUUUGGAGCAGUUUAAGAACAACAUUAGCACUAGCAACCACCUUCUGAUCCCCACUAACACCUUCCUCAGCAACCAAAGUAGUGCUAACCCCCACGCUCUCUCUCUCAAAACGUUAAAGAGCACAGCGAGUCCGAUCCCUAGCACAGGACUGCACAGCUUCGUUUCAACCUCUGCAGCAGGAUGUAGUUCACCUCUGGGGCCAUUUCAGAACCACCACGGUCACCAGAGCAAGCCACCACACCCGGCGUCUUUUCCUGCGAGUAGCCUUCUGUCAGCAGCUGCAAAGGCCCAGCUGGCUCAUCAGCUAAACCAGGUCCAAGGUUCAAAUGUGGCAAACAACCAAGAGAGCGCUUCCACUUCCACUGAGGAAUUGAAAGAGACUCAGCAGCAGCAGUCCACAAAGGUAAACAGCACUUUACUUAAUAGCCAACUUCCUUCCCCUGUAGUUCAAGCUAGAGCUCACCAUCCCUCCCUCGCAUCAGUAUCCUCAGUUCUCUUCCCUACAUCCCAGUCCAUAGCCCCGUCUUUAGCUCCUUCCCUGCCCGACUUACCCUCUUCAGUAGAGCGCAGCGCACUGCACAGGAAGAGGCAUCGGCGAUCUCCAACAAUGCUCGCAAUAACCAGAAACACUCAGCAGCUCGCCAACGGGCCCAGGAAGACCCCACCAGGAGGCGCUGCCUCCUCAAGUGUUAUCAACCUUUCAUCCUCUGCCUCACCUCCUGUAGCACAUCCCUCCUCUACCUCAGAUGUGCUGGGUCAGAGCACGGACGUGUUAGAAAAUCAGCCACGCUCUGGUAGAACUCUUGGCCUGGUUCACACGCGGCAGACAGCACACCUUUCCAGACAUCGCCAGAAUGAAGCCUUGGAUUUCACUACAAGUCACCCCGCUAUACCUCUCGGCUUGGAUCCUCCCACUCAGCCAUUAUCCGCGCUGUUACACUUACUGAGUGUACAGAAUGCUCAGGCCUCGGCAUCGAAUUCUGCUUCAGCUCUGCCAAUACCUUUGUCACAAGAGGACGGACACACUAAUAAACAGAGUGCCAACUCAUCGCCUCCACCUGCAAAUCCUCCCUGUAAAGUUAACAGCCAGACUCAGUCACCAAGGCAACCGGACGACACUACUCCCCAAUGCUUGGUUGCACCUCAAAUGUCCUCACCUGUCCCAGAGUUUGGAGCGGUUCAGCCUCAAGCCCAGUGUCACUCAGCUAAUUUUAGUCCCCAACAUGGCCGCUCUCCUGGUCCUGCACUGCAGCCCUACUCAAAUGUUGCGUUGGACUGUAGCACCCCGUCUCUGUCGACGACUCAGACUCUCCAAGAAACCCCUCAACAAACUGAAAAUCACAUUCCAGCGAUCGACCCUGCGUCCCAGGCUCACUUCGGGUCACCGGUGGACAGUGUGGUGGCAGGGAUUUGCCGGAGCAGCUCGCCUCAGUACUCACAACAACAACCGAGCAUCACUCAGGACUGCGUUUCUAUGACACUAUCAACCUCCCCCAAGCCCCUGGAUCUUAGCAAUCACGUCCUUGCUCUUUUAGCAGCCACUUCUGCGGCGCCCCAAGAGGAAGGCAACACUUGUGGACAUGCAGUAGAUGCACAAGGAGACCCACUUCCUGAAGCAGAGGAGCACAGAGGAAUGGAGGAAAAGGAUUCUGCUACCGAAAACACAGACUCUUCUCUUCUUGAAAAUAACCACAGCCCUCCGUCAUCUUCAGAGAUGGCGGAGUCAGCUACCACGUUACAUCUGGCUGAAGCUUUCCCGUUUAUGAAUCAAGAACAACUGCUUCAGUUGCUGUCGUCCACAGGCGGCCUCCCAUCCAUAUUGGACCCCACUAUCCUGGCUUCGUUACACUUGGGGGGCUUGUUGCUCUGUGGACAGCAUGCGCAGUUGGCUUCCACCAAUUCCACCCCGCAGUCUCCCCAGAAUCUUGCAGAGCAGCCGGAGCAAAUCGUGCUUCAGCAGCAGGAUGUCCAACAGCAGAAUCCAGAUCAACAGAAGCAGCCGCUAUUGCACAACAGCCCUCUCUUUCCAUUGCUGCCCAUGUUGAACAGUGUGCAGGGAGAGCUGCCCCUGAACCUCCUAGGCCUACUGAACCCAAUCCCAACCCCAGUCUCCACUUCCUCCACUGGACAAGACGGCGAUUUAGGGCUUCCAGAAAAACAAAACCUGCAGGCGUUGCUCAUGGCGUCCCUGUUGCAGCAGCAGGGUGCGAUGUUACCGCUAACCGGGCUGAGUCAGCUGAACCAGGUCAGCUUGGAAGUUCCUCUCCAGCCGCCGCAGCACAUCUCUACGUUAGAGAGCCUCAACUUCGAAAAGGCCUCAGGACUUCUUGACCCGACAGCGUUGCCCGGCCCUGGGCUCUUGGAGCUGCCACCGGGGCUCCUGCCGAUUCCUCCUGGAGCCGAGGGCUCCAUCCAAGCUCUGCAGUCUCUGCUAUUCCCUGCUGCUCUUCCUCACCCUGCAACCUUCCUGCCCCUCAACCCUGCUCUACUUACAGCUGCCCUCAACUCAGCUGAACUCCACCCACCUCCCCACACCCACUUAGUUACCGCACAGCAAACCCAACAUACCCAACCUCAGGUGCAUUCUGACGCCGGUGUUGACACCCUCAUCCCUCUGUCUAUCCAAAGCAAAGACAACCCCAUCCUUCAACAGUUUCUGCCCACUUUGCUUAAUCCUGCCCUUUUAGGAGAUCCAUCUGGCCUCACCGGCCUUCACAACAUCAUGGGCAUUGGAGCGGGCUCCAUCCUUCUACCCCCCAAUCCAGCUCUGGGCAUGCCUCUGCUGCACGGUCCUGAUGGAGCCAUCAACCUACUCAACAACAUCCAGCUCAACCUUUCGCCGCCCUCCGAGGCUGAGAAGAGUGCGACGUUGCAGGAGACGCCAAGUCCGACCCCGCACGAAGACAUUCCAGCCAUGGAGUUGUCCUCUGAGGCCCAUCCCAGCCCUGCUUCAACCCCCAAACACACUCCCUCCCCACAGCAAGCUCCCGGAGGCAGGACUGUCAUCGACCCCUACACUUCUUUCAUGGACACGAUUUAUACCUCUUUUCUUCAAGUCAAUGCGAAAGAGGAGGAAGACGGUGGCGACACUGGACCAUCUGACCCAACUUCCCCCUUCUGUGCCUUACCACCGGUUCCGUUCCCAUUCAAGAAUCACGCCCCGUCAACACCGGCCUCUGUUAUGCCUCAGGCGAGCGCACCCGUCUCGCUAAGCCCGCGACUGGCCUGUUCACUACGAAACCCAGACUUGUCCCGUUUGAGUCUAGAGGCGGCUGCCCACUCUCCUGCCCAGGGCACCCCCAAGCCCAGCGAAGAGGGAGCUAUUACGCCCUUGCAACGAAAGCAGGUCAUAGAGGAAGGUCACACUCAUCCCGAUCCCCCAUUACCUCCCAUAUUCUUCGAGGAGGCUAAAACAGACUACGCUGGACCUGCUUCAGCCGUGUGCCCCUAUGUGGCAGGAGCGGACAGACAGGGACACCCUCCACAGUCAGGAUACCUUCAGCCCAGGGACAGUUGUAGUGGGAUGCCCACCGAAGAAAUGUCAGAGAUAUUGCUGCACAGAGAACAGGAACGAGAUGACGCUGGAGCUGUGGGUGGAGCCAGAAGGGGAAGGAAAAGGAAGCAGACGUUACAGAACGUGUUGGAAGAUUUCAGAGACCUGGAUGCUGCCACGCUGGAGGAAACCAAGGCAACGACUGCCCUGCUGAAGCCGGAGAGGUCCGUCCGUGGCCGGAGGAGACGAGGAGCCAGAUCGCAGCGACAGUGACGGGUGGGCCGAGGCAUGGAGACGUGCCUCUGCUUUGCCACUGUUUAGACCUUCUUUAUUUAACCCCUUUUUUCCACCCUAAUCCAACUGCACUAAUAUACUGACGCCAUCCGCUUUUGUCAUGGCUUCCACUGUUAAGGAAAAUCUUAGGAGAGAUCUAGUCAAAAUUAAUUUAUACAAAGUAUGGUGUGGAUACUUUUUCAGUUAGGGUCAUCUCUUAGUUCUCUAGUUGACAUCAUGGUUGCUUGAUGCUUGGUGUUAGGACGAUUCUGUGUGUUAACAAAACAAGAGUACUGUUUUCUUCUCAUCAGUGUGCCACUGUGAGUCCGAAUGAAGCCCACCUACUUGAACGAUGCUCUCAGUUGCAAGUGUGUUUAAUGUGUGUGACUAAUGUGUGUAUGUAACUAGAAGAAGAGCGCUAUCUCUGAGCCCCUCACUGUGGUUUAGUCGAAUUAAAUGUAUUUAAUGAACAAGACACUGUCUGUUUGAGGAUGAAUGGUUAUCUGCAGUCACAGGAAUAUUUGGGAAAAAAAAGAGGUUCUCAUGUUUUCAAAUGGAACAAAACUGAGGGAUAACUUUUACACGACACAAGCCAAUUUGAUUCCUUGUCAUGCGAAUAUGCCGGUGGAAUAAAUUGACAUGAACUUAAGAUGUUAUAAAUCAGGAAACCCACCUGUGUGCAACGUUAGUUUUUGCACGGCAAAAAGACAGAGAGCACUGAGGUCUUGAGUGGAUCUGUUCAGCGUGUGUGUGUGUGAUACUGUGCAUUCGGCGUAAAAAUCCUCCCUCUUGUCUCCCCACACACUGCCCUGCCCAAGAGUGCUGGCACCUCUAGCUGUAUUUUAAAAAAUAAACAAAAGAAGAUUAUGCAAUUUCUACAUGUGGAAAUGUGUACAUAUGUACAGUCAAUGUGUUUAUUUUGAUUUUAUAUGGUUAGAGAGAAAGAUGAGAAAACAAAUUGUGAAUUUUUCUGGGAAUUGUAACUCAAGUAUUUUUCUCAUUCUGCCCCCUUGUUUCAAUACUUCUGUUUAAAAAAAAAAAAAAGAUGGUUAAAAUUGUGACCUGUAGCGUUCUUUUUUUAUAUGGGAGUCUUUUUUUAUUUAAAAUUAAACUAUUUACAAAAAAAAGGUUGCUGGCUGCUGUCAU